CCACUGGUACAGACUUUUAUCACUUGCGCUCCCUGCGCAUUGCAAAUGCGCUCUUGGCCACUUGGCAUGCGUUUUUUUUUAUCUUGCUAUAGCUUGCAAAUAGUCUGCGUGGAUCGGUUCAAUCAACUUUUUGUGUUUCUUAUUUCGAUUUCUGUAUAAUAUUUUCAAUUCAAUGUAUUAUCGACUUCAUUGAAAAGCAUAAUUUCGGGCAACCAUGAGUAAAUCUGGAACAUUUAAAAUAAAGAAUUUGUUUCAUAAAACAAAGUCACUUGAUAAAGUAAACAAGGACGGUGGAAAUAAUACAUUUAAAGAUGCAACUUCAUAUGUAGAUGGAGAGCCUGCAAGCCCUUUACCGUCGAGUCGCGGACUUGUCAGCCCAAAAGAUGGGACGUUUCCCGGUGAUAUUCUACCUACAAUCCCACCGAACGAGGAGAAAAAGAAGAAGAAACGGUUCCUGUCCAUUAAGCUCAAGAAGAAACGCUCCAAGGACUCGGGGAGCAUCGACGACCCAUUGUUCUGUACCGGUGCCGACGAGCUCGACAGCUUCAGCAGUAACAUGAGUUUUGAUCAACUGAGUGUGUCGACAGAGUACAGCGUCAACAGCACCAGGACGGAGAGAGACAGGGACGCUACCUCCAUGUUCAGCUUCGACAUGUCAGCCUUCAACAGCCUCAGCCCCACCAAGUCCAGAAAUAAGAGCUCGGAGGGAAUGUUUAACCGCAUCAGCAGUUUAUUUUCCACCAAGAAGAAGAAGAGCCGGAGUGGUUCACUCUCAGUAGGCUCAGAGGAUGGAUCCUGGCUGGGUCCUGGCUCUCCCAUCUCUCCCUCGUCCCCUGGUUCUUCUCUCUCCCCCCACCAGAAGGACGGGCCGAGGACCACCACUACCCAGAAAGAGGGGGAGGUAGUGGAAGCGGGAGCUGGGCCAGUGCUGGAGAGUCUGUCGGAACUCCAAGCGAGGGGGUCAGUGUUCAGUAGCAGCUCCAGCCCUAGUACAUCCUUCCAAGCCUCUCUGGUGGUGGCGGACACAGAGGACCUGCCGUUUGCAGACAGUGACAGCAGCGGCCGGGGCAGCGUGAGGGAGGUGCAGGUGUGCAGGAUCAGCCGGGCGGAAGCAGAGUCAGACGGAGAGGCAGACAGGAAUUCUGGGAAUCUGACUCCCACGAACUUGUCCCCCUCCGAAGCAGAGCAAGCCCCAGAGCUCGGCCUCACUAAGGACGUGGUGGAGGAGGUGAGCAGGAGGCUGCAGGUAUAUCUGAAGGAACAAACCACUGUGAAAGACGGAGAGGGGUUGGAGUGGGGCGACCCAGUGAUCCAAACCACCCUCAGGUCGUUUGAGCUCUCUCAAUCUCACCUUAAGACUGACGUCAUCUCUCUCGGCAUCGAGUCUAAAAAGACCUCUCUGAAAACAUCUGUUGGAGGGAAGGGGAGUUACCUGCUGGGAGUGACUCUAGGCUCUCAGUCUCACACCCCGUUCUCCUCAGACCCACAGCCAGAGGGUGAGGAGGGAGAGAACAGCCCAGCCAUGGGGAAGAAGAGCAGGAGAAGGGCUCUGAAACCCACCAGCAUCAGCACGGCUGAAACAGCUCCCCCCAGCCAGAUGACGUUACCUGGGGGAGAGGGGACGAGGCGGGACUCACCUGCGAAGCUACACAAACCUGUGUGGGUGGAAACACACCUGGGAGAAGAGCCCAUACCUGUGACUGUGGCCCCUGUGGAGUACACUGAUACUGCCAGUCUCCUGGCCACUGUAACCCUUUCAGCAGUAUCCGGUGGCAGAGAGCCAGAGCUGGCUGUAUCCACAGCACCAGUCUCCAAGGACUCCGAAACAAACACAGCCCGGCCAGAGGCGACCAGUCCAGCCACAGACUCCGAGUGCAGCCCCCCUCUAGAGGAUCAGACGGCCCUGAGCAAAGAGGAAAAGCGCAGGAGUGUGAAACUGUCCCACAGUGAGAAGCUUUUCACUAAGAAGGUGUAUGUGAGCCCUGAGCCCAGUUUUGAUGGGGAUGAGCAGACAGAGAGAGAGCUGGAAAAGAAUGACAUCGUAGACUUGGCUUCAAAGAUUCCUCAGAAGUCUGAGGUGAAACUGCUGCCAAGCCUCAAAAAGGUGAAUGUAAAUCUCAAGGAACCAAACAAUGACUGUAUCAUCUCCGUGGGAGAGAUAACUGAGGGUACAGACUUUGACCUAAGCCACCAUGAGCUCAAAGCUGUAGACAGUUCCCCAACCCCAGAUCUGGAUGAGGCCUCUCCAACCACAACCAUGCCAGGACGCAAAACACAGCCUAACACUGGGGGUUCAGGGGUUAGAGGUCAGGGGAUGCCCCAGGUCACCCCGUCUAAAUCAGGGGAUAAAGUAGGACAUGUUGCCAGUCGGUUAAAGAGCCCAUCUCCUUCUGUUGGACCCAAGUCCAAAGCUGGCCUGGGCAUGGCUAAGGGAAAGGGUCUCACAGAUGGUGGAAAGUCUUGGGUUUCUAGUGAGGCUCCAUCGCAAAGGACAACUAAAGAUGGCGGCGAGAAAACAGAGGUUAUGCCGUCUACAUCAAAGGGUCAACUCACUGCAGGAAAAACAGAGGUCACCGACAGCCCCAAGUCGAGAAUCCCCAAAAAAUCAUUAUCAGAAUCUGCAUCAAAACCCCCAGUAUCACCAGACACAACCUCAGUGGUUGAUGUUUCAGAGGUUGUGCCUGUGGUUGUGCCUGGUUCCAAACAACAGAAAACUCCCGAACCUAAACAUUUAAUGAUGAAAACAGGCACAAAGCUUAUUGUUGAGGAUGAGAAGGGAGUGGGUUCAGGAGAAAAACAAACUUAUGUGCCUGUUAAGUCAGAAGAGGUCUCACCUACUAAAAUACCACUCAUGUCACCUGUGAAGUUCAGCAAAGACAAGAGCAAAGAGAGUUCAGAUAAGGUUAACCUGGUCAAUGGACUGGAGAAUGACCCAGAGGACAACACUACCACUGCCAAAACAAGGGAACCCAAAGAUGUGAAAAAACAGACUCCCACACACCCAGAUAGCAACAACAGCAGCAUGAUACCAAAGAGUCGGUUACCCAAAGCCCCUGACAACUCUUCGGUCAGAAAGGCGAAAAAUGGCAAACCCCAAACCAUCGACACCAGCAGUAAAAAGACCAAAACCACUGAGAGAGCAUCAGGUGUCAAUAGUAGGCCUUCCACACCAACCAGUCCAAAGCAGCAGGAGCUUCCCAGCCCAGAGGAAAGGCCCACAGAUGAGACCCUGAUCCCUGAACCUGAGAAGGGAAGCAAGCUGCCUUGCCCUUUGCCAACAAACUUGUCCCAACAGCCCUCUAAUAAGAGCACUCCACAUGACGAUGGUGACACAUCCACCUCUCCCGCACUGGUACCAACCAAGUCAGAGAAACCUGCCUUCCUUAGACUGAAGAAGCAGAGUAACAUCACAUCUCCCAUUAUGAACAAGACUGCUGAGGAUGCUGGGAGUUUGAAAAGUCCAGUGAAAGAUCCAAGUGAUUCUGUAACUGUGGCUAGCAAGCUUCCGAUGUUGCGUCAGAAAACCCCCCCUAAAGGAAAACGCAGCAAACCCCUUAAGAAAUUUGAGCAAACUGUGAACUCUGAAACACUAUCUGAAACACAAUCUACAUCUGUACAAGAUCAUGUGUCGCUGAUCACAGAUAACUCUCAGAUAGAAGAUCAACAAACCAAACCAGUAAAAGGCUCCUCACUAGUAGCAGACUGUAGCACUGAGCUUGUAAAAUAUCAAACAGAUAAACCAGCAAUCACUGGAAUGACGGAAUCACUGAAGGGCAGCAGUAGUAGUACACCUGAAACAAAACUGGAUGCAAAAUCAGAAAUUGCACAAGAAAAAUCCCUGUCAGUCAGAACUAUCUCUACUACACAGAAACAUCAAACCAAACCACUCUUAGAUCUCUCAUCAGAGAUUGACAGUGACUAUGUGGAAGCCUUAACAGAUACACCACAGCUGCUGACAGGUAAUGUAGAGCCAGGUGUCGUUAUGGAGAAACGCCCAUCUGAACCAAGCCCCAUUGUGUCUGCCUCAGGCACACCUACCCAUGAGGAAGUAAUAGAUACAUCUACCAAGCCUGCAGUUACUGACCGCAUUCAUACUGACACUGACACCCGAACCAAUCAGAAGAGUAAUGAGAGCAAGGACAAUACCUCUACAGCAUCAGAGAAGCUCAUAUCUGGUGCUGGAGAGGAAAUAGGUAGUACCAAUCAGCCUGUGGAAAAUGGCCUGGAUGAAGCUAAGGAAAGCUCACCCAAAAAUGCCUCCACUGUGGUUGAAAGUGGAGAAAGUCACAAUAUGGCAACACAGCCAAAUCUGAUUGGCUUGGAGGAAAGAUCACAGGCACUAGCUAAUGUUCAAACCCCAGAUAUAGUACAUAUUGGUAAUGCCAUAGUUUCUGAUAUAUCCAUAGUUUCUAGGAAAGAGAGUGAAGUACAGAAGGAGGGAGAGCCAGUGAAGGUCUCAGAUAUUCUAACAAAGGGUGGGAUUGUUCAGAAAACAGUUGAAAAUGGAGAGGCCCAACUGAACAAAGAGGUUCCUUCACUGACACAUAAUUUGGCAAAUGCACAUAGGCAGCCACACAAAGGAAAGAAACAAGAGGACAAACCCCAUGAGGCAGCCAAUAAGAGUACCAUAACUAAGAUGGACGCAAAACAGGAAUCAAAGUCCAUAACCACAAAGGCUAAGGAAAAGAAGGAGAAGGUGACAAAACAAGAAGAUAGACCAAGUGAAGGAGUGACUAAAAACACAGUCUUUAAGAUAUUAAACACAAAACAGGAAUCAAAAACCAUAAGCACAAAAUCUCAGGAUGAGAAGGUAUUGGUCCUCAAAGAAACCCCUAAAACUAGAAAAGCAACCCCCAAUACUGAACUGCCUCUUCAGCCGCCAACUUCUCUGAAGCACCCCUCUCCCCUUAAACCUCUCCCUUUGAAACAGGCCUCUCCCUCCAGCUGGUUAGAUGUGGAGCACAGAUCCAAGCGGGAGCAGAAGAGGGAGACCAAGAGGAGGCUGGACUGUUCAGCCAGCGAGGAUGAGAGUCUGGCUGAGUCUGACGAUGUGGAGGACUUCAUCAGAAGCAUAAAGGAACUGGGCACCCCCUUUUCCCUGCCCUCCAAGAGGCACCACAAUCAUCCCAAGACCCCCUCACCCCCCUUUGCUCUGCCCGCCAUCAAGGAGGACCGCUUCGAGAACCCCUUUGAUGCUGAGGGCUUUCAGUUUGGCCUGAAGAAGAGGACGAAGGAUAAAGUAACCCCGGCCAUGUUGAUAAAGAAACAACCUCACAGGGAGGAGAAGACACAGACAAGACAGAAUAGAGCAGAGGGUAGCCUUCUCUACAAAGCUCUCCAGUCUCCAUCUAGAGCCCUGAGAAAACCAGAGUAUCAAACUGACAGUAAGGAUGGAGAGGUGGAAGUGAAGGUAGAAGUGAAGAGGGAGGUAGAGAAGGAAGAGGAGCAAGGGAAAGGAGAAGAAACCGGGCAGCUCUCGUCGCGGCUUGGAAGGAUGUCCAUACUGUCUAAAUUGUUGAGUUCCCCCAAGACUUCCGGAAAGGGCAACGGGGAACCUUCCUCCUCAGUCUCUAAUGGUGCGCCUCCUUCUCUUACAACCCAGGGCACAGUGCCAGGAAGGGCGGGCGGGAGCGGUAUGGAUCCAGGCCUGCUUGUGGGUGUGGGUGCAGCUUGUGAGUCAAUAAUCAGUCCCUCUUCAUCUCCUUCUUUGCCCUCAUUCACUGAGCUAAAGCUACCAGAUCACCUGGAGAAAUAUCUCAGGAAAGACAAAGGAGCUUCACAGAGUAAUGUUACACAGAGUGCUUUGGUUAGUACUGUAACGGACCUAGGUCAGGGUGCUGGACUUCCUCCUCUAAAUAUGGGCGUAAAGGGACUUACGUUAGGACAUCUUUCAGCCAAUAACCACCUCCCACAGGCCCCUCUGAAUGGUCUUCUUACAGCCAACACAAAGAUUCCAGAAGCGAGAGGGUUUCAUAAACGGCCUGGGAAGAUAGUGCUCCAUGAGCAGGCUCAGUUUGAAGGAGUGGCCUACGAGGUGUUUGGUGACGUGGAGGAUGCCUCCAUGAUGAAGCUGUCUCCUGUCAUCUCAGUCAGGGUCAUCAGGGGAUGCUGGCUGCUAUAUGAGAAGCCAGGGUUCCAGGGGCGGACCAUCGCCUUGGAGGAGGGACCCAUGGAGCUGGUCAACGUGUGGGCAGAGGAGGUGACAUCAGGGGCACUGGACCAGAUGGAUCAGCCUGUCCCAACUUCACCCAUGAUCAUCGGAUCCAUCCGCCUGGCAGUGAGGGACUACAGUUUACCUCAGAUUGACCUGUACACUGAGGUGAAUGGUCUGGGGAGGAUGUCAUCAUUCUGUGACGACACCAUCGAGAUCUGUUCCUAUGGGAACAUACAGAACACCGGCUCCAUCAAGGUCCACUCUGGAGUCUGGCUGGUGUAUGGUGACCCAGAUUUUGGGGGUCUGCUAGCGGUGUUGGAGGUGGGAGAGUAUCCCUGUCCAGAGGCCUGGGGAUUCCCUCAGCCCUUCAUCGGAUCUCUGAAACCCCUCAAAAUGGGUGGGAUAAAGGUGGAGCAUUCUAAUGAAGUAAAGGCUCUGGUGUUCGAGAGGCCGUGCUUCGAGGGCAAGUGUGUGGAGAUUGACGAUGAUGUGUACAACUUCAGAGAGGGAGGAGAUGAGGAAGAUGGGGGGGAGGAGGAGGAAGAAGGGAAUCCAGUCAAAAGGAAGACAUUGUGUUCUGUGGGAUCCCUCAAGAUCCUCAGAGGACUCUGGGUGGGCUAUGAUGAGCUUGACUUUGAGGGUCACCAGUAUCUCCUGGAGGAGGGGGAGUACCCUGACUGGAGGGAGUGGGGAGGCUACGGAGAUCAGCUCCUGUCACUACGCCCUGUAUGCACUGACUUCCUGUCUUCCCAUGUGAAGCUGUUCAGUGAGAGGGACUUUGGGGAGAGAGGGGUUCACAUGGACCUGCUGGGGCCUGUCACUAACAUGGAGGACACCUGCUGUGGCCCCAAAGUGCAGUCCAUCAAUGUCCAGGGUGGAGUGUGGGUUGCCUUUGAGAACCCAAUGUUCUCCGGAGAGCUCUACGUUCUAGAGAAAGGCCUCUACGGAAGCCCAGAGGACUGGGGAGGACAGAACCUCAAGAUCUCCUCACUGCAGCCAGUUUUCCAGGAUAACCUGGGUGGAUCAAGCAAGUUCAAGGUCCAGCUGUUCUCAAAGCCUGGGUUCCAGGGCAGAGUGGUGUUACUGGAGGACAGUGUGGUAUCCCUGGAGGAAGACUUCUACCCUGGCUCCUGUAGAGUACUGGCUGGGAGCUGGGUGGCAUAUGAGGGAUCCCAGUUCACAGAGCACAUGUUUGUCCUGGAGGAGGGAGAUUACCCCAACACUGAGUCAAUGGGCUGUCUGGGUCCUGACUCUACCAUCCGCUCCAUACAGACCAUCAGCCAUGAGUUCUCCCUCCCGUCCAUAACGCUGUUCAGUAAGGUUGGCUGUAGAGGCCGUAGGGUGGUGCUGACGGGAGAGACGGUGAACCUGCAGCUGGCUGGGGUGGACAGACGCAUACGCUCCCUGGUGAUCCACGGAGGAAUUUGGGUGUUGUAUGAGGGUAGUAACCACCGGGGCCGUCAGAUCCUGCUACUGCCAAGCCAACUGGAAGAUUGGUGUAAGUUCAGCAGCUGGCCGCGAAUCGGAUCCCUGCGACCACUAUUGCAGAAGCAGGUGUACUUCCGUUUGCGGAGCAGGGAGACGGGCUAUGUGAUGACCUUGUCAGGGCCUCUGGAUGAAAUCAAGCUUUUGCGGGUGCAGGCCCUGGAGGAGACAGGGGGAGUGGACCAGAUCUGGAUCUACCGUGACGGAGUCCUACGCUGCAAGCUGGUGGAGGACUGUUGCCUGCAGACAUCAGGGAGCAUUAUCAUGGCGGGCAGCAGGCUGAGUGUGUCUCCUCCGGAGCCAGGGAUAGACAACCAGCUGUGGAGCAUUACCCCAGACGGCCUGGUCCGAUGCCACCUCAAACCUGACCUGGUGCUGGAGAUUAAAGGUGGACAAAGUUAUGACAAAACUCAAGUGAUUCUCAAUACAUUUGAUGAGAGAAAACACACCCAAAGAUGGUCUUUGGAGAUCCUGUAAUGGAAUGUCCAUCUGGCCCUUGCCCUUCCACAGCAGCUCAGCUCUGUGAUGCAGCUCCACCAUGGGGCCCAUACUCUUGCUUCUUGAUGAAGUUUCUCCAUGGGCCUUAGUGCUCUGUGAUGCUGGUCUGCAGUGGGCCUCCAAACAUUCUGCAACAUUUGUUGAGCUUGAGAGCAGAAAUUCCAAACUGUCUUUGUGAAAUACAACCAUAAACCAGUGAUCUACUCUCUGAAGACAAAACUACACACGGCUAUAGAACAAUCUAUCGAGCAAAGAGCACAGCAUUUUACUUUGAGGACUUGACUGAUGCUGUACAAAUACCACAAUUCAUUUGUUCACUUACCUCUCAUUGAGCAUACCAAAGAAUAACUGUUUGGGAAUGUGCUAGUGUCUCUCCUAUAUUCAUAUCAUUUACAAUGACUUAAGCCCUGUGUUGAUGCUGAUUUUAUCCACAAAUCUCUUUUCUAUGGUACUUUACCAGUCAAUUACUGAGAUCUGUUUUCUUACAAUGUUGCAAAUGUAUAUCCUUUUCAGCACACUUAUUGUUCUAUGGUCACAGAUUCUUCAUGUCAUAGAUGAACACUCCUUACAUUCUCCAAAUAAUGUUUUUUCAUGUCAACUUAAUAUUUUUCUAGACAUCACUGCACAGUACAUUAGCUUCUGCAGGUGUAUAGAUUUUGUUGAAUGACUAAAUAUCAAUUUCAACACUGUGCUACAGUAUCAUGCUAACCACGGUCUUGUAAAUAUGUCAUCAAAAUGCUGUUACAUCUACAAAAAAAAUGGUUUCCUUGAUUGGUGUUACUAUGGCGAAGAAUCUCAAUUACACUUUCAAUGAAGAUCACAAGGUCAAGGACUUGAAUACGUUUUACUUAUCACAUAGCUACAACAGGCAGCCUCUUCUCAGACAGACACACAGUCAUAGCCUUAGCACAGACGAUCAUAAAGGAUCAUUUCUCAUAAUGGAUGCCUAAGGAUUUCGCUGGUUACUCGGACGAGUCCUCUCCGCUGCUGAUCUUGACCACAGUCUUCCCCCGAGCGUGUCCCUUCUCUACCUUCAGCAUGGCCUGGGGCACCUGGGAGAAGGUAAACUCCUCUUCCACCACCGCACGGAUCUGCAGGAACAGGAAGUGCGGUCACAGGAAGUUUAAAAAAAAAUCGAAAACAAACCUGACUUUAGACAUGUGUGAAGGGGACAAGGUCGGGAUUCACUCAAAGGCUUGUUGUCGACAAGUGCAUUGCACUUACCUUCAAAAUAAAAUGUAUACUUUAGCCAAAAUCUCUGCAGCACUUAGCAUGAAUUGAUCUCCACAAACAUCUGAGAAAUUGCCUUUAAAAGGCGCAUUGUUGGUAGUGCAGUGCACAGUUCUGCAACGGGCCUUUGAAUGAAUCCCGGCCAAAUUGAUCUUCCAAAAAAGAAAAUGAAUAACAGAAAAGGUUGAGUCAGAUAUGGUGCAUCUGUCGGCACAGUAACCUACAUUGAAAAAUGGAGAGGAUGGCUGUGAUGAUGAGUAGGCCACCGGUUCCUCUUCUACACAGAAUGACCUGAUCCUUACCUUUGUGUGGAUUGAAGAUAACCUAUAAUUGAAGUGGUGAGGAUGUACUGACAUCUUUCACAAAACUACGACGUACACCAACACUGUACACAACAGCACCCUGUUCAGCCUAGGAUGCUCAUCAUGUAGGUGUAUUGUAUAUUUGAAAAUUAGUUUUACUUUAAACAUGAAAAAAUGACAUUGACACAGUAUAUCGCAUAGUCUGUUGCUAACCUAACAUUGUAUUGAGUCAACACACACCUUUGCAUCCUGUUGUGUUUGUUGUCAUGACAAACAUACCAACAGCAUGGUAGGACAACCAACUGUGGAGGAUCUGGUGACCAGGCCAGGCUGAAGCUAGCCAUCACCGUUUUAUCAGAACAGAAUGGAACCAUGAUGUCAUUGUGGAACGCUUCCAUAAAACCCAGGCAGGCCAUCAAGAGACAGGAAUCUGUCCCGCUUCCAGGCUGGGGAGUGGACCCGGGGGCUGACAAAGGGCCCGGAUUAAGGGCCUAGCACCAAGAUUACACUGGCCUUCCAUCUUGGCCGGUCAGGACAGCCCCGACAAUGCAGGUCUGAUCUGGUCUGACCACACCAAACCCAGCCUGCCUCACUGUCUGUCUGACAAAGGAGAAGGGGAGGUGAGUGUAGUGUACGUGUGUUUGUGUGGCUUCAGCCAAUUGAUGGCUGAAGCGUACCGAUUAGUUCCUCGACUUGGCCAAGGGGGUCAUAAAACCCCAUCUAUUGACAAAUAUAAUGUGGCACUCGGAUGUAAUGGUGCCACUUUUGACCAAUAUAUUUUCACCCUUGAAUCAAUAGGCGCAAUAUGAUAUUUGCUAACCAUAUCAAAGGGAUAUUUCAGGAUAAUCUACUUCCCCAGAGUCAGCUGAAAUCGUGGAAACCAUUUUCAUGUCUCUGUGUAAAGUAUUAAGGAAGGCAGAUGUAUUUCGUGAGCCAACGCUAACUAGCAAUUGCGCAAUGACAAAGUCUAUGGGUAUCUGCUAGCAUGCUAGAAAUAAUUUCAUGGCUGUCUUCAGCUUUACAAAAACUCUGUAUAGAGUAAUGAAGUGGGUGCCCACUGACCCGCUGGGAGACACACAUACACUCACAGUGAAGUGUGUCACAUCCCCCCUUUGGGCAAAGACCCAUCCAGGUCUUUUGUACAUCUCACUCACCCUUUUAUGUCAACACAGGCAGAGAUGAUCAAGUCACAACCAUCUGCUCCACUAUAGGUCCUAGAUAUGGCUUAGUUACCUACUGUCUGUCUCUGAGAGAGUGAGUGAGCUGUGUCUAAUUCUCUGUGGUCACAAGAGUAAUAGGGUGAGGUUUCUAAGGCAGCCUGUGUUUAAUUUUUAAAGCACACUUACACAAAAGCCAUAUAAACCUAAAGAAAUGUCAGACUCACAAAUUGACGCAAUACUAUUAAUUGAGUCUCUCACUAUUAUGGCAUGUUGUUGACUAUCUAUUCCCUUCUGUUACUAUACCAUUUUAAUGGCACAACGAUAAACCCAUGAGGGGAAUGUCUAUUAAAAGACUUACCCCUCAUGGAAGACUAUUAAAGACCUAGUGCACUACUUUUGUGAGAGAAAAAAAAUCUUCAAAAAAGAACAAAUAAAAACGAUUUAUUUAUUAUACACUGCUCAAAAAAAUAAAAGGGAACACUUAAACAACACAAUGUAACUCCAAGUCAAUCACACUUCUGUGAAAUCAAACUGUCCAUUUAGGAAGCAACACUGAUUGACAAAUGCAGGCAGCACGGCACCUCCACGUCUCCUGAUGUACUGGCCUGUCUCCUGGUAGCGCCUCCAUGCUCUGGACACUACGCUGACAGACACAGCAAACCUUCUUGCCACAGCUCGCAUUGAUGUGCCAUCCUGGAUGAGCUGCACUACCUGAGCCACUUGUGUGGGUUGUAGACUCCGUCUCAUGCUACCACUAGAGUGAGAGCACCGCCAGCAUUCAAAAGUGACCAAAACAUCAGCCAGGAAGCAUAGGAACUGAGAAGUGGUCUGUGGUCACCACCUGCAGAAUCACUCCUUUAUUGGGGGUGUCUUGCUAAUGGCCUAUAAUUUCCACCUUUUGUCUAUUCCAUUUGCACAACAGCAUGUGAAAUGUAUUGUCAAUCAGUGUUGCUUCCUAAGUGGACAGUUUGAUUUCACAGAAGUGUGAUUGACUUGGAGUUACAUUGCUCAAAAAAAUAAAGGGAACACUUAAACAACACAGUGUAUAUAUAUUGUUGUAAUUCUGAAUUUUUUUAGGGCACCCCUCCUUCCCGCAGCUACAUGUACGGUUCAGAAUAUUAGGGAAUAAAAGAAAGCCAUCUAAAUAUGCAUAUUUGUCACCCUGAAAAUGUCCACAUUCAGUUCUUCAACCCAUGGUAAUGUUGGAAGGUUAGUGAGCAUAUUAUUAUAUUAAAUUAUAAUAGGCAGAAUAGUGUAGAAUGACCUUGUCUAUUGCCUGCACUAACCAUGGGGUUCAAACUGUUAUGACUUGGUUUGGGCUCCGCUCCAUAAAGAUUUCAAUUAGCCUACAUGUAUUUGAUUAUUUUUAUAUUUUAAACUGUUACUAAUGAUCCUCAGCUACAACCACACAGCAGUGACGUGUUAACAGAGGAAGCAAAUGAAAGUAAAUUAAACAAUGGAAAUAAAUGGAAUUAUAAUGUAGGCUAUACCAACUGAAGGAAACAAACAGUAAAUUGAGAGUUGAAUAUGUGGUUAUUGGGCCUACUUACGGUCGAUACUGACAGUGGCUAAUAUUUAACAUGAAAGAAAUGUUAAUAAUUAGUACUGCUGUUUAUUGACUGAUCAGAUAAGACUCUUUCAUUCAAUUGGACCACAAUCAUCUCCACCCCUAAAUAGGGAUGGCACUAAAUCAGGUCAUAAAAGAACAACACAGAGAUUGGAAAAUACAUUUGCAAUUCAGCUUCGUUGCAUUCUUCUAAACGGAGAGUCAUAUUCAGACCAUGAACUGCCUGAUGAUCUUCAUGCUAGUGGCUCUUUUAGUCAUUGCUUAUGCUGUAAAUGAUACCGGCCAGAGUCUUGACAAUGGCCACUGAGGAUCCCAUGGAACAUUCACCAAGAGUAGGGACUAGGGGGUGUUAACCCCUGUGUCUUGCCCAGAUGCCCAACUGGCAACUUCUACUGAACUGAUUCCUGUUUGACCCUUUUGUCAUGAUUUGUACUUCCCUUUUGCAGAAUAAAAUUGCAAUGAGAAAACA